AUGUUGCCUAGAAACGACUCAAAUCUUUCACAGCCGAAUGAGAAGGACGGGGAGCAACGGCAAUUGAUAGUCGCGGCACCUGCGGCGGGGUCGAGUCAGCCAGGGGGAGAUGAUGGCGCGUUUUCGGAUAAGCUCAUGCAUUUCGACCUAGAUUCCUCCGAAGCGUCUUUCCCCACAGUCGAGUUUAGCGGCGACGCGACGAUUCGCAAUGAUGACCUGGUUAUUGACAUUGCUGACAGCAACAGCGCAAAGGUACGGCAUGUGGGGGAAUCUGGCGCAGCGGAACAGCGCAAAGGUACGGCGUUUGGGGGGAGAGUGGCGCAGCGGAACAGCGCAAAGGUUCGGCGUUUGGGGGGAAAGUUGCGCAGAGCAACAGCGCAAAAGUACGGCGCGGUGGAAAGUGGCGCAGCGGAACAGCGCAAAGGUACGGCCUUGGGGGGGAAAGUGGCGCAGCGGAACAGCGCAAAGGUACCGCGUUUGGGGGGAAAGUGGCGCAGCAGAACAGCACGUACGGAUUUUGGGGGAAUACGGCGCAGCGGAACAGCGCCAAGGUACCUCUUUCCGGGAAAAGAAAAAUUACCAUCCUGCUCUAAGAAGUAUGUGGAAAAACGGCUUUUAAAGACGACUCUUUCAAUCGUUGACCUGUCCUGUUCCAAGCGCCGGCUCAGGAAUUCGCCGCGGAGGUUUUACCGUUGGUGCUCCCCGCUCACACCACCCCCACCCCACCUCACGCCCCCCCACCCACCGCCUCCCCUCGCCAUGCCCCCCACUCACACCCCCCCCAUCCACACGCCCCCUCGCCACAUCCCCUCUCCUCGUCCCCUCGCCACGCCUCUUCCCCUCGCCACGCCUCUUCCCCUCGCCACGCCUCUUCCCCUCGCCACGCCUCUUCCCCUCGCCACGCCUCUUCCCCUCGCCACGCCUCUUCCCCUCGCCACGCCUCUUCCCCUCGCCACGCCUCUUCCCCUCGCCACGCCUCUUCCCCUCGCCACGCCUCUUCCCCUCGCCACGCCUCUUCCCCUCGCCACGCCUCUUCCCCUCGCCACGCCUCUUCCCCUCGCCACGCCUCUUCCCCAUACCACGCCUCUUCCCCAUACAACGCCCAUUCGCAACGCCCCUUCGCCCCACUCGUCACCUCGACUCGACCCGUCGCUCGCCCUGUUCCCCUCCCCUGUGCCACGCCCCUGGCUGGCAGGAGGCCUCAACGAGCCAGUGCAUCAACUGGACCGCUCAGCUCAGCGCAGAUUCCGUCUGAGAGUUCUCAUCUCACGAGUAAUACCAGCUCCACCCCUCGCACCGCACCAACUCCCCUUGUACCUCCCGCCCCCCUGCUCCCCCUCCCCCUCCCUCAAGCCCUCGCUUCCUUCCCCUCCCUCAAACGGCCUCUCCCUCCCUCCCGCCCCCUUGACGCCCCCUCGCCGCCCUCCCUACUCCCCCCAUCCCACCUCGCCCCCUGGCAGGAGGCGAUGA